CUUUCAACCACGUGGCCACGCUUCAUAUUUUGCUCCUUACAUCUUCGAGUCUUAAAGCUUGGACUUCUGUGUCCUCUAAAAUUCUUGCUUUCGAGUUUACUCCGCUUCGAACAUUAUUUGCUAAUAUGUCUUUCCUUGGUCGUGGUGGUCCGUCACCAGCCGGUGGUGUCAACCAUGAGCGCAUUGAAAUGGCCAUAAACGAAAUUGACAUGGUUUCAGACGUAUUUAACCGUAUUGUUUCUUCAUGUCAUGCCAAGUGUAUCAGUCCUCGUUAUGCCGAAGGAGACCUCAACAAGGGCGAGAGUGUCUGCAUUGAUAGAUGUGUGGCAAAGUUCUUCGAAGUUAACAAGAAGGUCGGAGAAAAGAUGCAGAGCGCAGGAGCAAGUGCACAGGCCACGGGGUCAACUAGCUUCUCGCUAUGAGAGUAACCGCGCGAGGACAUUUAUAUGGAUAGUUAUGAUAGCUUUGACUUGUUCUACAACGUAAUGCAACCAUUCAUCCCAACACAUUAGACAAACAUGUAUCGGACGCAUCCUACUUGGUAAAGUUCGGGAAACAUUCUGCCAAUGUUUUUGAGUGCUUGUUCUGGGCGUGCUCCUCUAGUCUGCAAUGUGUGCAUGUACAGCUGGUGCACGGGUGGUGAGUAG